GAAUUGUAACACAUCUACACUCUCAGAGAAACAACAUAAGCAAACUAAUAUUAUUUUACAUGUAAAUAAAUCUCUGAGUAGAACGCGUAGAUAAAAUAAAAUACAGUUGCAGUAGAUACGAAAAUGUCGUCAACCGGCUCAUUAAGGAAAUCAAAGUCAAAAGUUUCGAAGACGGUGCCCAAAAGUUUCACUUUCAAUAAGGCAAAUGUGGAACAAACGUCGCGAAUGCCUUUGGCCACUCGUGAUUAUGGUUUUCUGAAGACAACAAAUACUGCAACUCCAUUUCCAAAGAAGGCGGAUCCGCUUAAUACCCAAAUGUUGGUGGAGCGUCUGCAAGGUGCUGUCGCCAGUUCGAUUGUCUCGGACACGGAUCCAACCUCGACCUUAUCGCAGAGACAUUCGGAUUAUGCCAUUUACCAAUCCCCACGCUCAUCUGAGGAGAUAUCAUUUGAGAUGAAGCGAAAACUAUUCCAUGAGGGCGAAUUCACAAUAACCAAAGGCAAAAAGACCAGCGAAAUGUAUCACCCGACGCCUGAUUUUGAUGAUUUACCAAAGGGUUCGAAGAAAGAUUCACAACUUUGGGCCUUGAAGGCAAUGGAAAGCUAUUGUCGCAAUAUGAACAUCAAGUUUAGCAAGGGCUUUGAAAAUUAAAAUAACUCUUUUAACGCACUGCAUUUUUACCUACUUACUAAUAAAGAUAUAUGUAUGCCUUUUGCAUCUGAGUUAAAUAUUAAA